GUCAGAUGUUUGACUGUCCUUCAGUGCCAUUCAUUCAGCCCUGAUCUCAGAGAGCCGCUGCUCAGCGUCAGCGUCUAACUCCAACUCUCAUUACGUCUCACCGCUCAGCUUUAAUGGCCACGUCUCAAAGACAGUCGGACUGAAGGAGCCGAGCUGCAGGAGCAUUUUCUAACGGCUGCGCACGGAGCUGAGCGGAGUCCCAGCAGCGCUUCUCCUCACUUUUACAGCACUUCGGUGGAAUGCUGCGUUACCGUGUGCCCACGCCUGCCGUGGUGACCCUGCUGCUGCUGCAGGUCGUUGCCAUGGUGCUGUUUGUGAGCUGGUACGGUCGCAUCGGGCCACAGGACUCGCCCCCGUCGCAGAGGAAGGUGCACGUGCUCCUGCUGUCGUCGUGGCGAUCAGGCUCCUCCUUCCUGGGCCAGGUGUUUAGCCAGCACCCCUCGGUGUUUUACCUGAUGGAGCCGGCGUGGCACGUGUGGACGGCUCUGCGGCGGCCCGGCGCGCGCGGCCUGCGGAUGGCGGUCAGGGAUCUGGUGCGCAGCGUGUUUCAGUGUGACCUCUCCGUGAUGGACGCCUACAUGCCCCCCAACUACAACGUCUCUCAGGUGUUCAUGUGGAGCCACAGCAGAGCGCUCUGCUCGCCCCCGGCCUGCCCGCUGACGCCAAGGGACCAGAUCAGCGAGGAGCCGAAGUGUAAGCUGCACUGUGACACGAUGGGGCUGCAGCGGGCCGAGGAGGCUUGUCACUCCUACAGCCACGUGGUGCUGAAGGAGGUGCGCUUCUUCGAGCUGGAGUCCCUCUACCCGCUGCUGAGGGACCCCUCGCUGGACCUGAGGAUCAUACACCUGGUGCGGGACCCCCGGGCCGUCAUGAACUCACGGGACAAGGCCGUCAAGGCCCUGGUGCGGGACAGCGCCCUGGUUCUGGAGCAGGAGGGCACCAUGCCACCUGACAGCCAGCUGAGGGUGAUGCAGGAAGUCUGCCGCAGUCACGUGAGAAUACACGAGACCGGCAUGCUGAAACCGCCCGACUUCCUCAGAGGAAGGUACAGGCUGGUCCGAUACGAGGACAUGGUGAGGGACCCGCUGACCGCGAUCAAAAACAUGUAUGACUUUGUGGGGCUGGAGAUGACCGAGACCUUGGAAACGUGGAUUUAUCGCAUUACGCACGGCACAGGCAAAGGAACCAGGAAAGACGCGUUCAAAAUCACCUCGCGGAACGCCGAGGACGUUUCCUUGGCCUGGAGAACUUCCUUACCGUACUCCAAGGUCAAACAAAUACAGGAGGUGUGCAAAGGAGCCAUGACCCUGCUGGGCUACCAUCCAGUAGAGAGUGAAGCAGAACAGAAGCAGCUGGAUUUGGACCUGACGGGACGGAGACGACACCACCAGUUCACCUGGAACGUUCCUUCAAAAUCUACUGGUUCCGCUAAAGCAGGAUAACGCUCACCCAAACGGGAUCAAACCUCUAAGGACAAAUAGCCUCCAAAGUGGCCAGGAGGCGCCUGUGAACACUCUCUAUUACGAACAAGACAGGAUUUUA